AUGCCACCGCAAGAGACCACGACCGCUGCCCUGGGUCUGGGAGAGCUCGGUAUCGAGAAUAACUGCAAGGUUUUCCACAACUUGACAUACGAACAACUUGCGGACCACGAGAAGCAGUACGAUGAGGGCUCGUUCGUGGCCAACGGAACAUUUGCCGUGGAUACAGGCAAGUUCACAGGCCGCUCUCCCAAGGACAAGUUCAUUGUAAAGCAGGAACCGUCGCAGGACAAUGUCUGGUGGGGCUCAAUCAAUCAACCCACGACGGCCGCAGUGUUCGACGUACUGUACACCAAGGCGGCCAAGCACUUCAGUUCUGUGGAUCGCAUAUACGUGUUCGACGGUCAUUGUGGUGUGAAUGAGAAGUCACGCCUGAACGUGCGCAUCGUGACGGAGCUCGCGUGGCAACACCACUUUGUAACGAACAUGUUUAUCCGGCCGGAGUUUUCUAGUGUAGCGGAGAACUUUAACGCUGACUUCACGGUCAUCAACGCGUGCAACAUUGUAGACGAGGACUGGAAAGCACACGGCUUGAACUCGGAGGUGUUUGUGAUCUUUAACAUCGAGAAGCACAUGGCCAUCAUCGGCGGCACAUUCUAUGGUGGUGAGAUGAAGAAGGGUAUCUUCAGCAUGAUGAAUUACUACCUGCCGCUGAAUGGCGUCAUGGCCAUGCACGCAUCGGCCAACAUCGGCGAGGCGGGCGACACGGCCAUUUUCUUCGGCCUGUCGGGCACGGGAAAGACAACUUUGUCAGCCGACCCAAAGCGCGAGCUAAUCGGCGACGACGAGCACGGCUGGGACGGCGAUGGCGUGUUCAACUUUGAGGGUGGCUGCUACGCAAAGACCAUUGACUUGAGCAAAGAGAACGAGCCGGACAUCUUCAAUGCCAUCCGACCGAACGCCAUGCUGGAGAACGUGUGGAUCGACGCAAACAACGAGCCCGACUACUUCAACUCGAGCAAGACGGAGAACGGACGCGUGUCGUAUCCCAUCUACCACAUCCCGCACCACCAGCCACAUUCUCGUGGCAACCACCCGAACGCCGUGAUCUUUCUGACAUGUGACGCAUACGGCGUGUUGCCACCCGUGGCAAAGCUUUCUGCGGGUCAGGCACAGUACCACUUCCUGUCAGGCUACACGGCCAAGGUAGCAGGCACGGAACGCGGUAUCACGGAACCGCAGGCCACGUUCUCGACAUGCUUUGGCGCGGCGUUCAUGACGCUGCACCCGACCAAGUAUGCUGACCUGCUGAAGAAGAAGCUGCAGAAGCAUAACACACACGUUUACCUGAUCAAUACUGGCUGGACAGGUGGGGUGUACGGCGUGGGUAAGCGCAUGAAGCUACCGUUCACGCGCAAGUGCGUGGACGCAGUACUGGACGGCAGCAUCAACGAGGCGUCGUUUGUGAAAGACCCGUUGUUUGGGUUUGAGAUUCCGACAUCAGUGAAGGGCGUGCCGUCAGAGAUACUAAACCCAAAGGACUCAUGGACCGACAAGUCAGCGUUUGAUGAAACAGCACUCAAACUAGCCAAAUCAUUUAAGGAGAACUUCAAGCAGUUUAUCUUACCCGACAAUGACCUGUCGGUAUACGGCCCCAACGUGUAA